UCACUGUUGCGUGGCAACCAUCGACUGUCGCACUGACAGUAACUUAGCUAGUCUAUCUUAAGUUGCAGUGGUUCAUCUUCCUCCAUGAGCAGGUUAGAGUGUUUGGGGAAAUCCUCCACGGGUUCACAGAAACAGUUAGCAGAAGAAGUUCCCUCUGCUCAUGCUGAGACACGCAAACCCAAUGACAACGUGGGGAAAAAGACAGUCACUGAUAAACCUCGCAGGAGUCUUCCUGCCCGAGCACUGCCUCGUUCUGUCCAGGUUUCUUGCCAGGAGACUCAGAAGUCUGAGAUUCCAAGUAGGAAAGUGCUGGAUACAGACGAAUGCUCACCAAAGGAGUCCAUCAACCCAACACCAAGGGUUGAAGAACACACACAGUCGACAGCAGUGCCUGAUGAACAGCUGAAAAAGAAAGACUUGAGGAAAGCACCGCCGUCAGACUCUGCACUAACAGGAGGAGCGACACGUUCUCUUCCACCAGCUGAGCCUCUCCCCACACAUGAGCCAAAUGGGGAGGAAGAACAGACCGAGGAAGAGGAUGUGGAGGAUGAAGACGUUAAGGCACCAGUGGAGCUGAUAAUGGAGUUCCUCAGAGCUGUGAUGGACAGAGACUUCCAGCCGGCCAGCAAACUGUGUCAGAUGAUUCUCAUCUACGAACCAGACAAUCCUGAGGCCUCUGAGUUUCUCCCGCUGAUCCAGAAGAAGCUGUUGGAGGAGCAAGAAGCAGAGCAGAGCACUGAGGAAGAAGAAGAAGAAGAAGAAGAAGAUGAUGAUAAGGAUGACAACUCAGAUGAGUCUAGGAGCAAUGAGGAGUCACCUCAGAGCUCAAGCUGCUCCUCUUCAUCUCGCUCCUCCUCAGAUGAUGAUGAAGAAGAAAAGAAAGUAAACAGACACAAGCCGUGUCCUCCUUCUCACAUUUCCCCCUAAAUCUAUCGUAGUCUUUGUGCACUUUGUAGAUGCUGUGACAAUUAUAGAUUUUUUUCAUAUUUCAUCUGCAAAUAAAAUAUUUAUUGUAGACAAAGCAUGAUAACGUUUGCCAAUUAGGUAUUAAAAACACAGUACAGCUGCGGCUGAUGGGAAUGUCAUAAGUUUUAUGUUGACAAGAUGAUGGCGCUAGAUACUUCGCUGAGGUGGACAAAGUUGAUAUAUUGAUAAAAAUAAAAUGUGACAAUGUAAACGGACUUAUUGAAUAAAUCAUGACGUACA